AUGUCAUCACAACCUGUUAUAUUACAUUUAAGAGCUGAAACUAAACCAUUAGAAGCUAGGGCUGCUUUGACACCAACUACAACAAAACAAUUGAUUGAUGCUGGUUUUAAAAUUUAUGUUGAACAGAGUUCUCAAUCAGCUUUCAAUUCAAAAGAAUAUGAAGAAGUUGGUGCAGUUAUAGUACCUGAAGAAUCAUGGAAAGACGCUCCAAAAGAUAGAAUUAUAUUUGGUUUAAAAGAAUUACCAGAAAAUGAAACUUUCCCAUUAAUCCAUGAACAUAUUCAAUUUGCUCAUUGUUAUAAAGAUCAAGCAGGUUGGGAAAAAGUCUUGGGUAGAUUUCCAGCUGGUAAAGGUACUUUAUAUGAUUUAGAAUUUUUAGAAAAUGAUCAAGGUAGAAGAGUUGCUGCUUUUGGUUUUUAUGCUGGAUUUGCUGGUGCUGCUAUUGGUGUUUUAGAUUGGGCUUUUAAACAAUUAAAUUCAAAUGAAAAAGAUUUACCUGGUGUUUCACCAUAUCCUAAUGAACAAGAAUUAAUUAAAGAUGUUAAAAAACAAUUGGAUUUAGCAUUGGAAAAAACUCAAGGUAAAUAUCCAACUUGUUUAGUUAUUGGUGCUUUAGGUAGAUGUGGUUCUGGAGCUAUAGAUUUUUUUAAAAAAGUUGGUAUACCUGAUGAAAAUAUUGCAAAAUGGGAUAUGCAAGAAACUGCAAAAGGUGGACCAUUUAAAGAAAUUGUUGAUGCAAAUAUUUUUAUAAAUUGUAUUUAUUUAUCAAAACCAAUACCUCCAUUUAUUGAUUUUGAAAGUUUAAAUGUUGAAAAUAGAAAAUUAACUACAAUAGUUGAUGUAUCAGCUGAUACAACUAAUCCACAUAAUCCAAUUCCAGUUUAUGAAAUUGCUACUGUAUUUAAUGAUCCAACAGUACUUGUUAAAACUACAAAUGGACCAAAAUUAUCUGUAUGUUCAAUUGAUCAUUUACCUAGUUUAUUACCUAGAGAAGCUUCAGAGUUUUUUUCAAAAGAUUUAAUGCCAAGUUUGUUACAAUUACCAGAAAGAGAUACUGCUCCGGUUUGGGUAAGAGCUAAAGAAUUAUUUGAUAAAAAUGUUGCAAGAUUGAAUUAA